UGGUUAGGUUAGGUUAGGUUAGGUUAGGUUAGGAGAAUUUUUCAUCUGUCAUUAUUGCCUGUGCUCGACAACAGACGCGAAGAUAUACAGAUGACGCCGAGUGCAUACGAACGCGAUGCAGAUCGGUGCAUAGUUUUCAGGAAGACUCGUUCGUGCUUUCGACCUUUAUCGUCCGGGAUCGUUCGGGUUCCUUGGCAAGAAUGUUCAGGUAUAUCUGGAGUCUGGUAUGCUGGUACUUCCGACCUUUGGUAAAAUGGUUUCUGCGUCAGACCACGCAAAUGUGCGAACUCCAGAGGAUCUGUUACGGCCAGCCGUCCGGAGCACCGCGCACUCUCGCCAUCGAGGAGUCUCUCAAGCAGUCGCGUAAUCAGUUCAUUAGGAUUAUGGUUGCGUAUUUGGAUGACGUCGCCGAGAAGCGAAAAAUAACUAUGAAAACAGAGCGCAAUAUCCUGGAGGACUCGAUCAAGGCUGUGCUGGUGGGAAAGCAAAUCAAUCCUAGGGCACAUCCAACCUUCGCCAAGUCUUUUGGCAAAUGUAUAGAACUGAUCUGGGGUUAUCGUCAACUGUGCGUCGAAUGCGAGGAGCUCAGGAAGACGGCGUACUGCACGGAGAAUCCGCAACAUGAACAGCUGCUGCUGAAAUUAUGGACUCUGUUAAUGCCGCACGAAUCUCUGGACGCGAGAGUGACGAAGCAAUGGCAAAAGAUUGGCUUUCAAGGGGACGACCCCAAGACAGAUUUUCGCGGAAUGGGAAUGUUGGGACUGGAGAAUCUCGUUUACUUUGCUCAAGAGUAUCCUCACAUGGCCACGCAUGUAUUGUCUCAUUCUAAUCAUCCACAUUACGGUUACGCAUUUGCUAUUGUCGGUAUAAAUCUCACGAGCAUGGCUCUGAAAUUACUAAGGGACGAUAGCGCUAGGACUCACAUAUAUAAUUCUUCGAAAACUUUGCCGACUAUUCGUGCCUUUCAUCAGUUUUACUGUUACUUGUUUUAUGAAUUUGAUGGAUUUUGGAUCGAGUCUAAACCUAGUAACAUGAUGGAAUUCUCAUCAAUACAAGAGAAAUUCGAAAAGAGCAUUAGAAUGGCAUUAGCUAAUCCAUCAACUGUUUUUAGAAUAAAUAUGGCAGUUGAUAAUAUUUAAUGCACAUACAAAAGCCUUCUAGAUAAGAUAAGACCAAAAUAGGUAUAUGAAUGAGUACAAUUUUUUUUAGACUAGCACAAACAAAACUUAAUUUUUAUUAUAUAU